CAUUAACUGAAGUUGACUUUUCAAUUUGUUCCAAUGCCUACCUUAUCUCAAUAGUUAACUUACAUUGUUAUCUGUUGUAAUUAUAACAUAAUACAAUAAAGUGAAUAGUGACAGUGCUACCUUGUCGAUAAUGGAUACAUUAUUCAUUAGUUCAACAUUUGAUUCAUUUGAUGUUCUGUAUACGUUACUAUUUGGACUUCUUGUAUUUUGCAUUAUGGCACCGACUACAGAGUUUAUUUCUGCUGGUGUAACAUUAGAAAAUUUGUUUAAUCGAUUUCUUGGUAAUGAAAGUUUAUACUUUGUACAGUAUCAUUUAAAAAGAACUGUAAUGAUACGAUUAUUUUCAUCGUCUUUGGUCUUUCUGUAUUUUGUGUUCAUGCAGUGUUUGUCCAAAAAUGUAGCGAUUUCUGCUCCAAAUAUUUCAUUUCCAUUUACAAUUUGGGAUGUAAUUUUAUGGAUUGGCAUAGGCAGUCUAUCUGUCAUUGGGUCACAUACUUAUCUGGUUUGGUAUGGAUCUGGUACAUGGUAUGGCCACCCAACAAUUUUAUCAUUGAAACGGAUUAUUAUGGAAUCACUACCUGAUUCACAAUUGUCAUCUUCAGCCACAGCAUCAUCAUCCUUGUCAAAUGGCGCAUUUAGUGUCGCUAUAAAAGCUUUGAUAUCUUCAAUAAAUUCUGAAUAUCAACGUUCUGAUAAAUUCGUAGCAGGUCAAGGAAGUUUAUCAACUAAUUGGUCAGGUCGACGAUUUGUUAUCACAGAUUCAUGGAUUUUAACUUCACGUUUUACUGAAUUCAAAAUACUUAAACAAUCUUCGGAAAAUAUGUUAGCUGUUGUUGUUUCAGCAUUUUCAGUGCUGGACCCAAGCUCUCUAACUCAAGGUGGUCAACCUGACGGAGAAAGUCUCGGUGUGCAAACAAUUGUUACAGUGAGAUUUAUACGUACAGAUACAGGAGUGUGUUUGCUUAGUUUUGGAUUGCCAGCAUCAAAUUUAGAUGAGUUACGCAGUAAACUACGUUUCCCUUUAAUACAAGCACAAGGUGUACAAUUAGAGCCAACAAUUAUUCAAAGAUUUAUUGAUGCAUUUACACAAGUAGUUGAUGAAAAUCAACCGGUAAACCUACCAGCUGGCUAUGAGUUGGAACAGUGCAUUGGAUGUAUGGUACAACAAGUUAAUGUCACUUUAAAUCGUCAAUGCGAAAGUUCACUCACCCCUUCUUCAUCAUCAGCAGCAAUUAAUAGUAACCAAUCAUUAGAUAGUAAUCAAUGCGGUAUAUGUUAUUGUAGACCAUUAUGGUGUUUAGAAUGUUUAGCACGUUGGUUUGCUUCAAGACAAACAAAUAUGCGGUGUCCACCAACUCAAUGGCUUUCUGGACGUGUACCUUGUCCAACAUGUCGUACAUAUUUUUGUGCUCAAACUAUUGCUAUCCAUGAGUUGAAGCCAAAACUGUGUGUACCAAAGAAACUCUAA